AUGUCCAAUUCCCGUGGCCCUAGCAAAGGGUGCUUUCGGUGCCGAGAAUUGAAAGUGAAGGUUUUGCCCCCAAUUUUUGACAAGCGGUGUACAGCGCUAACAGCCCCUCUGCCCCAGUGUGACCAGAAUAAACCCUGUCAACGAUGUCGUAAAGCGCAGAAAGAAUGCAAGUACCAGGAUGAGUUUGAUCGGCUUCAUCGGGACCAGUCGAAUCAUGCGAAAGAAGCUGCGGAGACGAAAUGGCGUCAGCGUGCUGAUCCGAUAAAGAACUGUUUAGCACAAGUAUAUUCAUCGACGGAGGCUUCGCCACGUUUAGAGACUUCGCUGUAUGAGCAAGCUUAUCGUCGGUUCUGUUAUGAUUUUGUUACUCCGUUUCCUGGGGCCCUAAGCAGGCUGCCUCAGUUGUUGUUUGAGAACCCGCCUGAAUCUUGUCUGUGCUCUGCUGUGGCGGCGGUGGCUUACGCCAAUUUUCACAGCAGAUGCAAAUCUGAUGAGGCUAGGGAGGCAGCUGCUAUAUACUAUGGCAAAACACUACAACAGUUUGCUGCGGUUAUGUUAGACCCUGUGCAAAUUCAAAAAGAUGACAAUCUCUUGGUUAUCUUCCUCAUGAGUAUGUAUGAAGUCCAGAUGCUUACUUCAUCCACACGAGACGGGUCGUACCUGGCUCAUUUGAAUGACGCUCAGUCGGUUAUUGCGCACCGAAGCGGUUCCAGUCUCCAGGAUGGUAACAAUCAUCUUGCACUGUUAUGUACGCAUAUGAUAGUAUGGUACUUGACGGAUCUCACUUCUCCACCGUCGCUCCUGGCCAGCUGGGUACAACAGAUCCCUUUCGACUCAGCUCUCAAAAAGCGGCUGACGUGCCUAAUUUCCGCUACUGCGGCCAUUUGUGCCAGGCUAAAGGAGCACUCCGGCGCUGAAGAAGUCUCCGAAAUCCCAAAUUCAGACCUCAAACAGGCUCUGGAAGUCGACCUAGAGCUUCAGAAAUGGACCUCAGACCUGCCAACGGAGUGGAAGUACGCUGGAAGGAGCCCUAUGACCCACACAAGCCGCCCAGAUUGGGCCAAAAACUUACUUACGAUGCCCGGCUCGCCCGAUUACAUGCAGAUUUACUCCAAUGCCUUAGCAGCAAGUGACUGGAACAUGUAUCGCGCCACCCGCAUUCGACUUUGGAUCCAAAUCCUGAAAUAUGUAUCCCGAUAUCCAUCUGAGGUUAAUGCCCCCGCGCUCGAAGAGCGAGGUCUUAGUGUACUUCGCACACUGACUGGUGAGAUCGCCGAGACAAUACCAUACUCGAUCACUCUUUCCCUGAAUGGCUCAGGAGACCCAAAAUCCCCAGAGGAUAUCCCAGGCAUUUUUGCAUAUUCCAUUCUAUGGUCCACUUUUACAUGUUUCGUUUGCUACCAGAGCGGCCUACUGGAGAAGAACAUAUAUAAGCACCGCACUAUGUGGUUUGGGGCGAUGCUACGCUUCCUACGCGACACAGCAGGUAUCGCUAAAGUAGAGGUUUUGUUGGCAGACAAGCAAUACCAAGCAACAUAG